AGGAGUUGUGAUUGAGAAAUAAAUACGGUCGUCCAUGUAGUUUGCGCUUGUUUUUCCCCCUGCGUAAUAGAGUGGAAGGAUCUAACAGAACAUUGUUAAAACUUGUCGAGUGUGGGACGUACAACUUGCCUCCUUUAAAAAAACUUUCUGCCUGUCUUUCGCAUUCUUGAUUCAGUUUAUCCAUUUGGUGCUUUACUGGGUAAAAGCAUAACUCAUUAGGCUAUGCCGGACUAUAUUUGCCCCCUAGUGGAAAAACAACCUGCCAAAAUUAACCACUUGGAUUAAAAAGAAGACCAGGAGAAAAAAGGGGGAUAUAUUUUCACGUGUAGAAACUUUGAGGCUUGCUGACAUACUUCUAGUUAUGUCUGUUGAAGAUAGUCCAACUCCGGACAGGUAACCAGGUGUCACUGUUGCUAUGGCAAUACAGAUGCUGCCAUUAUUGCCUGCCCUCCUCACUGUCCUCCUCACUUCCUGGACAAUGGCCCAGGAUUUGGAUUGGCAUUUUGACUCUGCCAGGUGUCGCUACGCUCUAGGGAUGGAGGAUGGCACCAUACUGGACUCUGACAUCACCGCGUCCAGUGCCUGGUCCGACUCCACUGAAGCCAAACACGGCAGGCUAAGCACUGGAGAUGGGGACGGGGCAUGGUGUCCAGCUGGUCCGGUGUUCCCCAGUGGUUCUGAGUAUCUGCAGGUAGACCUGCACACACUGCACGUCCUGUCUCUGGUGGGCACGCAGGGGCGGCAUGCAGAAGGGCUCGGGCGGGAGUUUGCACGCAGUUAUCGGCUCCUUUACUCCCGUGAUGGGCGACACUGGAUAACAUGGAAGGACCGCUGGGGGCAGGAGGUGGUGUCAGGGAACAAGAACACAUAUGAUAUAGUCCUAAAGGACCUGGGACCUCCUAUUAUAGCACGCAUGGUGCGGUUCUUCCCGCUGGCGGACCGCGUGAUGAGUGUGUGCCUGAGAGUUGAACUCUACGGUUGUGUCUGGAAGGAUGGACUGAAGGCGUACACCGCUCCUGUGGGUCAUGUGAUGAACUUGUCAAGCUCACCUGUCUAUCUUAAUGACUCUGUAUAUGAUGGCAGUACAGAGGCAGGGGUGAUGUUUGGAGGCUUAGGCCAGUUGUGUGAUGGUGUUUUAGGUGGGAAUGAUUUUGUGGAGAGUAAAGAGUUAAGAGUGUGGCCAGGAUAUGAUUAUGUGGGAUGGAGUCAAGAAGCAUUGGGUCAACCCACUGUCGACAUUGAGUUCCACUUUGAAAAAACACGGGUUUUUCACACCAUGCAGGUGCACAGUAAUAACAGGCAUAGUCAGGGUGUGCGGGUGUUCAGUGAGGUGGUGUGUGAGUUUAAGGCCAGUCUGUUGAGUCCGUGGGCAGAGCCAGUGCUCAGCCUUAAGGUGCCACUGGAUGACCUGCAUGACCCCUCAUCCCGCACCAUCUCACUGCCUCUCGGAGGACGACCGGCGCAAAUCCUACGCUGCCGCUUCGCCUUCACCGACCGUUGGCUCCUCAUAAGCGAGAUAAGCUUCUACUCUGUGUCAUUUGAUGAUGGAUCUCUCCUUCCAACUCCCUCUUCCUCCUGCACUCGUCCCCUCAGUGUCACCUCUCCAAACACUCCCAACUCUGCAAAUGGAACCAGAAGCCCCACCGGGGUGGUGUUCCCUGCCAUCACUCUGAGGGCGGGAUUACCUGUGGCCAAAGAUGACAGCAGCAACACAGCCAUCCUGAUUGGUUGCCUGGUUGGAAUUAUCCUGCUCCUAUUGGCCAUUAUAUCUGUCAUACUGUGGAGGCAGUACUGGAAGAAGUUACUUGGCAAGGCCCAGGGCAGUCUCUCCAGUGACGAUCUACGAGUUCAUCUUUCAGUUCCAUUGGAUAAUGUUGUGAUCAACAAUACAAACACACACACAUACUCCAGCCGCUAUCAGCGCAUACACACUUUUCCAGAUGACAGAGACCGAGAGGGAGAGUACCAGGAGCCCAGCACUGUACUGCAGCCCCGAGAGCAGUGUGACAGCACAGCACUGCUGUUAAACAACCCAGCAUAUCAUCUCCUCCUGUCUGACCUGACACAUGGCCCCAACAGGCUGACAAUCUGCCACAGCCAGCAAGAAAAGCCCCAAAUCCUGCCCCAGGCUUGUGCUAUUGAUAAAGUUGAUAAAGGCCUGCCCAUUCAGGAAGGACCACCUCCUUACCCUGGAGCCCCGCCCCCUGGUCUAUCAGGCGUACAUUAUGGAGAAGCAUCGGGAGGCAGGGGGAGUGUUCCUCAUUAUGCAGAAGCUGACAUCAUCAGUCUGCAAGGCGUUAGUGGUAACAAUACAUAUGCAUUUCCCGCCCUCUCAGCUUCCAUGCCCACAGACUGCCCACCACUGCCAGAGUUGCCACGGGAACGACUUAUAUUCAAAGAAAAGCUUGGAGAAGGCCAAUUCGGAGAGGUUCAUUUGUGUGAGAUUGAAAACCUGCAGGACCUUCCGAACCUGGAGUUCACAUUUAAUGUAACUCCAGGAAAAGAACGCCCUCUGCUGGUAGCUGUGAAGAUUUUACGGCCAGAUGCUUCUAAAAAUGCCAGGAAUGAUUUUCUGAAGGAGGUGAAGAUCUUAUCUCGCCUGAAGGACACAAACAUCAUCCAACUGCUGGGUGUGUGUGUGAGCAGUGAUCCGUUGUGUAUGGUCACGGAGUACAUGGAGAGUGGAGACCUGAAUCAGUACCUCUCCCAGAGAGUGUUACUGGACAAGACUGGACCUCUACAUAAUACACCAACCAUCAGCUACCCAGCUUUGAUCUCCAUGGCGAGUCAGAUUGCAUCAGGUAUGAAGUUCUUGUCAUCUCUGAACUUUGUGCAUCGAGACUUGGCCACACGAAACUGCCUGGUGGGUGGAGAUAGAGGAGAGGGGGAGGACAGAGGUGAAGAGCGUCAAAUAAAGAUAGCUGACUUUGGCAUGAGCAGGAACCUCUAUGCUGGCGAUUACUACAGGAUCCAGGGCAGAGCUGUGCUGCCUAUUCGCUGGAUGGCAUGGGAGUGCAUACUCAUGGGGAAGUUCACUGCAGCAAGUGACGUAUGGGCAUUUGGUGUGAUGCUGUGGGAGAUGUUCAGUGUGUGUCAGGAGCAGCCGUACAGUCACAUGACCGAUGAACAGGUCAUUGACAAUGCAGGAGAGUUCUUCAGAGACCAGGGCAGACAGGUGUACCUGGCUCGCCCGGCGGUGUGCCCACAGGGUUUGUAUGAGUUGAUGCUUAGCUGCUGGAACAGAGACUGUAAACUACGGCCUUCCUUUGCAUACAUUCACUCCUUCCUCACUGAAGACGCCAUGAACAUGGUUUAGAGAGAGACAGACUAAGAGAUGAAAAGGACUGCUCUUUUAAUUUCUCUCAUGUUUUAACAGGAGACAGAAAAGGGAUAUAAGAAAGUGUGUGUGUUUGGACCACAGACUGGUGGUGUGUUUCUAAGCAGACACGAUGGCUAAGCACUCUUAUGUAAAUUAGUGUAUUUUAUGAUUGGUGGGACAGGGCCCACCGCAGGUUCGGUGACCCUAAAUGACCUGCUUCUCACCCCCAUCCUAAAAUGCAAAACUCAGUAAGCAACAUUUCACCCCAAAAUCAGUUUUUAAGCUCAAAUCUCACAGAAUGCGUCAUGGACAUGGUCAAGUCCAUCUUUCCUAAACAUUACAUGGGACAUUUCUUUGACUCACAUUUUCUUUAAAGGGCAAGUUCACCCCAAAUUAAAAUUCUGUCUGUAGUUACUCACCCUCAUGUCAUUCUAAACCCAUAUCCAUAUUUUGAAAAAUCCUAUUGGGGUAGUUCCCCAAAAAAUGAAAAUUCUCUUCUUAUUUUCUCUCCCUCAUUCCGUCCCAGAUGUGUAUGACUUUUGUUUCUUCUGCUGAACACAAACAAAGAUUUUUACAAGAAUAUUUCAGCUCUGUAGGUCUAUUCAUUGCAAUUGAAUGGUGGCCAGAACUUUUAUGGUCCAAAAAGCGCAUAAAGAAAACAUAAAAUGAAUCCAUAAGACUCCAGUGGUUUAAUUCAUAUCUUCAGAAGUGAUAUGAUAGGAGUGGUUGAG